AUGACCCUCGCCCCGCGCCAGCCCCCACCCCCGGGCGCCCUCCCCUACCUCGGCCCCGACGGCACCUGGUGGGACUUCCAAUGGUCCGUCCAAGUCAAGCAGCCCCAGAUCCAGAUCCAGAGGGAGUACACCCCUUUACCCCCGCCCCCAGACCAGCCCCGCGCCGACGCCGACGGCCGCAUCCGCUUCUUUGUCCGCCGCCUACCCCGCGGCGAAGUCUCCAACUACCUCGCCAAGAUGAACCCCGGCGACAGCGUCGAGCUGCGCCUCGGCGAGCGCGGCUACGCCUUUGCCCACGUCGGCGCCGACACCCCCGAGGACGUCGUCUGCCUCGCCGGCGGCACCGGCAUCGCCACCGCCAUGCAGGUGGCACACGCCGUUCUCGGGGGCAAUCCUGCGCGCGGCCGCGGCGUCCACCCCGACACCAAGGUGCGCAUCGUUUGGGCCGUGCGCACCCGCUCCGAUCUUCAGAGCGUGCGCGACCCGGCCAAGCUGGCGGUUCUGGACGGCGCCGUCGCCGACCUCCCCGGGGCCUCGGACAUGGCUCGCCGGCUUCUCGAGAUGAAGAGGCACUAUGGCGACAAGCUGUCUGUCCAGGUCGCCAUCGACGACGAGGGCACCGCCCUCGCGGAGGCGGAUCUCAAAAACGCCCUCCAAAUCUCUCCCCGCACGUGGGCGAGGCGGCCUACCCGCCGACCGCUCUACCCCUGCGCGCUACCCGUUCCCGUCGCUGUCCUCUGCGAGCCCGAGGACCCGACCACCCACACGGCCACGACCACGGCCGCCGCCGCUGCUGCUCUUGAAACGAAUCACGCUCCCGCUGCGGACCUGCACAAGCCCGUAUUCGUGUGCGGGCCCCAAGGCUUCGUGGACAAGCUCGCCGGCGAGGUUGUCCGCCACCCGAGCGGCGCAACUUUCAGGACCGGUGGCCUCCUCGGCGAGCUGGAUGCCAAGUUUGGCGACCCGGCCCGGCCGUGGCUUGUGCUCGGGUUUCCUUGA